AUGCUCAGCCUAUUCAACAAAUACCUCGCAAGAAUGCAGCUUGAUCAUCCAAUUUUCGGUAAUAAAGACAUUUUCAUGCUAAUUCUUGCAUAUCUUGAAGGAGAAGACCUUUAUAGCUGUCAAUGCGUUUGUUUCGCGUGGAGAGAGACUAUAAAAUCAAACCCAGUUCUCGAAGUCCGACUUUUAAGGUUCACAAUGUCAGAAAGCAACGCAAUAAUAGACGAAUUAAGGAAGAGGCCUACAGAAGAACAAAAACAGUAUCAAACUGACGUUAAUUUUGACCUCUCAUUUAACAGGCUUUCCAUGAUUCCAAAAUUUUUCCCAAAACCCAAAGCUGCAUUGAAAAAUAUCUCUAAAGACAAAAUCGCAAAAACUGAUGAAAAGCUCGGCCAAUGGAAUGAAUUUAUUAAUUAUUUUUAUGUUUAUGCAAGAAAUAAAGGAUUUAGCAUAAAGAAAAAAAGGGAUUUUGAAAGGGAAGAAGAUUAUAGGGCGUAUGAAAAAGAAUUUAACCAGAUUUAUAGUGAAUAUGCAAACCAUAUAAGUGAGACAAGGAGAAGGGAAAAAAUGGAAGUUGAGAAAAUGCAAAUGAAGAAGGCCUGCAGCUUAAAAAAUUUCCCAAUGUUGAAGCAGGGUACAAUUAGAGAUAUAAUUUCAGCUAAAUAUAGAGAUAUAAUGCUUGAUUUGGGCACUACUUUCCAUAUAAUGACUGAUUUCAGAUAUUUCAAUAUUCCUUCUUCUAAUGCUUCUAAAGUGUCAGAAACAGAUUAGAUUAGAUUUAAGUGUGUAUUUAGAGCCCACACUUUCGUGACACAGUGUGUUCCUUGGCGAAUGCAGUGGGGUGACUAUACGCAGACUUGAAAUGGAAACCUCUGAAUUCUCGGUAGUGCGCAAUCUCGGUCGAAUCAAACGGCCUUUGUUGGGCAGAUUCGUUUCCAGCUCUGAAGCCAAUGAUGGCCAGCCCUGCUAACUUAAGCCAUUUCGCCCCUUUCACGGGAUCCUUUUCAACUGGAGAGACUGUCUUCUUUCUUUUCCCCAAAGGAAAAAUAGAUCUCUUACGCCGUUCAAGGCAGGCUACCAAGUAGCCUAGACAGAUAAGUAAUCCUGCCUCUAUCAGAAAAUCUUGGGCCAGGGCGUUGCUGGAAAAAGAUGCAAAAAAAACUGUCGCGCGAUCCAGGUGACUAAUCUGCGUAAAAAGUGUUAGGAUGUCUUUCAAGGCUAGCCCGACCCUUUUGCAGCUCCUCAAACCUAAAACCACGACUGGAUAUACAUAAGAACACCUGGAAGGACAAGUUGCUAAUCACCGGCCAUUUUAUCUAUAUCAAGUUUCAAAAACAAAUAAAGAGGGGAAAUCUUAA